AGCAAGAAGAAGCCAUUUGUGCAAUGGUCAUUGCAAACAAUGCAAUAAAGCUGAGAGAAAUACAAAGCGCUGUCAUAGAGAACGACACGGUAUUUGGCAAUAUUGAAUCUGUUUCAAUUUCAACAAUUGACAGAGUACUCAAGAAGAAUGAAAUCCACAUGAAGCAAUUGUAUAAAGUGCCAUUUGAACGAAACAGUGACAGGGUGAAGGAGAUCCGUCACCAGUAUGUGCAGCGUGUACUGGAGCUGGAAGCCAGGGAAACACUGCACACAUUCAUAUAUGUUGAUGAGGCAGGUUUCAAUCUGGCCAAAGGCAGAAGGCGUGGAAGAAAUCGCAUUGGACAGAGGGCAACCACUGAAGUCCCUGGUCAGCGCGGAGGGAAUAUUACCAUGUGUGCAGCCAUCUCAGACAACGGCGUCCUCACCCAUAUCCCCCUUCUUGGUCCAUACAAUACCCAACAUCUCCGGACAUUUUUAGACACUCUUUACAGGGACCUAGUCCCUGAGAAUGAGAGAGGUGGAGGCCAACUCAGCAAGUAUGUUGUUGUCUGGGAUAAUGUCCGUUUUCACCACUCCCAUCAGGUCAGAGAGUGGUUUGCAGCACAUGACAGAAUUCUGGUUGAAUAUCUCCCUCCAUAUUCCCCAUUCCUUAAUCCAAUAGAGGAGUUUUUCUCUGCCUGGAGGUGGAAAGUUUAUGACCGGCAUCCACAUGAGCAAAUGGCCCUGCUAGCAGCCAUGGAUGCAGCAUGUGACGACAUCACAGCAGGGUCCUGCAGAGGAUGGAUUCGCCACUCCAGGAGAUACUUUCCUCGCUGCAUUGCGAGGAUAACAUCUGUUGUGAUGUAG